CUGGGCUGGAAGUGUGGAGCGAGAGUGUAGCAGCAGCUGACGGAGGUGGCUGGAGGGUACGAGUGCGGGAUGUCCCUGAACACCACCUGGGAGAAGCCGCUGGUGGAGUUGUGCAUACUGGAAUAAAAUGCACGCAGUUAUAAGGCUGAGUUCCCAUGAAGGCCAGCGGGGACCAACGACCAAUCAGCGAAGAGCAAGCCAACAUCCAAUUAGAGUGACGAAGGCCAGCGUCUCCCUGUUGGUGAUUGGCUAACAGCAAAAGCGGCAAUGUGAGCGUGAAACUUUGGUGACUUGUUUUCGUAUUUGACUUCGUGUGAGUGUCAAGAACAGCAACGCCGCAGCCGUUACCGACAAGCGACGGUAAACACACUCCACCAGAGCAGGUUUGUAACGUUCAAAGCCUUUUUCAAGCUAACAUGCUAACUUGUUUGCUGCAGAGCGGUGUCGAAAGUGAAAGCCGUUGGUCUCCAUAGGGAUGUUGCAGCAUUUGGUUUCCAAGGCAACAUGGUGGCGGUUUAACCUUUUACUUUCGCAAAGUUUACAACCUCAUUAAACAGGAUACAUGCGUGUGAAGUAGUUAUCCUUGUGAUAUUUUUAGGGAACAAUUCCUGCGAAUGAUUAUCCGUCAAGUGCAGGGAUGUUCAGUUUAAUGGUUUCGACUCUACCUCGAUGUUGAUUUAACCAUGUGUCUGAAACACUUAAAAAAAUGCAUUUUAUUACCCACCAUGACAGUUUUCAUGGUAACUUUUUCAAACUGAGGCUAGUCAAAGACGUUCCCCUGAAAUAAAGAUACAGUAAUGGUAAAUGUCAACGGAAGCGACUGGACCUUUCUUGGUAAAUAAUGCUGAUUCUUCAGUUCCAAAUCUUAAUUUAUUUGUCUCCUGAUUCAAAUGAUCAUAACAAUACUAAUCACGAAAAAAAUACUGAGCACUCCCGGUACCACUGUAAUGACUGUCAUUAAAAUACAGUACCAUAGUAGGUCCAAGUCUUUAUAAGAAUAUCGGCACCACUAGCAUGACAAUGGUGAAUGUGUUGUUUUUUUAAGAUGUUGGUUGCCCUAGCAACAUUUGUGUAGUGUACCUUGAAGCUGCUCUGUUCAUUUGUUCAGAGUGACUGACUUGCAUCUAUGCGAGACAUGUAAUGUGCAAGUCAUAUCUUUCAUUAUUGUCCUGCAUGUUCACAAAUGUGGAAUAACUUUUUAUCCUCUCUCAUCUCUCCAUCAAGUGUGCACCAGAUUUUUUUUAUUCUACCACCUUCAAAUUGCUCAACAAAUCCCAGCGAUGCUCAUCUGGCCCGAGCUCGCCAUGACAACAUGACGCCUGCUUCCAUUCCUCCUGGAGACGGUGGCUUAGGGCUUUAUCUUGACGCAAUUUGGCAUCCCCUUUUGCGUCGGCUCGGCCAUGCAGGCGAAGGCGAGUGACUGAAAAACAUACACGAGGGCAUUCGGAUGCUGAAAUAAAUGAAUCAUCUGAGUUUUGAAGGUAAAGCGGAAAAUCAGCGCUGAGUACCUUUUUACUCUCUCUUGCAGCAAUGUAUUUUAACCCUUUCAGGGACAGCGGUUACUACAGUGGACAUCUUAUCAUGUUAUCAGGUUACAGGUUAUCAUUAUUGAUGCAUGAAAGGGAUAAAUGUAAUGUCAUUCUUUUUUUUUACAUUUGUGGCAUGGUUUACUAUACAGCAGCGUGUACAUUUGUAUUUAUAAAAAUUCUCAUUUUAGUUCAAUGUCAUCCGAAUGGAACACAUGCAUUUUUCUCGCCAUGUGCAAUGAUGAAGGUGAAACGGUAACACAAAUACUGCCGUGUAACUAAAGCCAGCAAAUGUUAUCACGCAGGGUGACCGGCGCCCCAGAGAGACGCUGAGGAUUAUCCACCUCAUUGGAUCCCAAAACUGACCCAUCGCCCCGACCUGGCCCAUUUUGUGAUGCUCCCAAAGGCCCCGCCUAGCCUCCAUAAAUGAUUCACAGAUGACUCUGCCACCUGAAGACGAGCAGCAGAAUGAAGGACAACCAUCAAGCAUCACCCAAACCCAAAGCACGUCAGGUUGCACACCGCCAAACGUCCAAAGGAAGCAAAGGAAGCCCAAGAGGAGAUACGUGUGGGUCAACUUGACCAACUGCAAGUACGAAAGCGUGCGGCGUGCCGCUCGUCGCUACGGCCUGAAAGUGGCGUCGGACGGAGACGACUGGACCUUGAUGUGGUCCGACUGCUCCGUGUCUCUGGAGAGGGUCAUGGCCAUGAAGCAGUACCAGAAGAUCAAUCAUUUCCCCGGGAUGAUCGAGAUCUGCCGCAAGGACACUCUGGCCAGGAACUUGAACCGCAUGUUGAAGCUCUUCCCGAAAGACUACAACAUCUUUCCCAGGACGUGGUGUCUUCCCGGAGACUACUGCGACUUCCAAUCGUACACGCGCAUCCGAAAGCAGGCCACCUUCAUCUGCAAGCCGGAAUCAGGCUGUCAGGGACGGGGCAUCUUCAUGACAAAGUCCAGUCGAGACAUUCAUCCUGGAGAACGCAUGAUCUGUCAGCUCUAUAUCACCAGGCCUUUAAUCAUGGACGGCUACAAGUUCGACUUGCGUAUCUACGUGCUGGUGACGUCAUGUGACCCGCUCAGGAUCUUCCUAUUCAAGGAGGGGCUGGCCCGCUUCUGCACCACCAAGUACCUGGAACCGGCGCUCAGCAACAUGGACGAAGUAUGCAUGCACCUGACCAACUACUCCAUCAACAAGCACCAGGAGAACUUCAUCCAUGAUGACCGCACUGGCAGCAAACGGAAGCUGUCCACGCUCAUCCGGCAGCUGGAGGCGGCGCGCGCCGACGCGGCGAAACUUUGGGACAACAUCGAGGACAUAAUCAUCAAGACGCUGAUCGCCGUGCAGCCCAUCCUCAAGCACAACUACCACGCGUGCUUCCCAAACCACGCCGCCACCAGCGCCUGCUUCGAGAUCCUCGGCUUCGACGUCCUGCUGGAUGAGCGCAUGCGGCCUUGGCUGCUCGAGGUGAACCACUCACCGAGUUUCACCACCGACUCACCGCUGGACAGCGAGGUGAAGGACGCCCUGCUGCUGGACACGCUGCUGCUCAUCAACUUGAACGCCUGCAACAGGAGCAGAAUCAUCAAGGAGGAGCGCAGGUGCUCCAAGGAACGUCUGCAGGCCAGCCAGUCCAGAGCGGCAAGGUCCGAGGAGCUGCACAAGUGCAAGGCGGCCACGGUCCAGCAGAUGGAGAGAUACGAGAACAAACAUCUGGGAGGCUUCAGGAGGAUCUUCCCCAGGGAAGGAGCGGACAUGUACGACAAGUUCUUCAUGCAGGGAAGUUCGCUUGUGCCGACCACGGAAGCUUCGAGAGCCCGACAGGAGUGCAGCAGGCAACUACGACAGGAGCUGCUUGACAGGCAGAGGACCGUGACCUUUGCCCGGCAUCGGGACUCUCAGGGCGAAACGGCAGGGGAGCGCCCCAAACGGCCCAAACCUCGAGCGGCACCGCGCAGGCCCCCCGCCACCUACCCGCCUCCUGCUGCAAUCAAAACCUGUGAGGUGGAAGAGGAGAAUGACGAAGAGGAAGAAGAGGAACGGGUCAAGGCGCUGAUCCAGAGGAAGAAGCUGCUGCUGGACCUGGGCCUGGUCGAGCACAUCCGCCAGCUGCUGCAGCUGGAGGGCCGUGACGCCAACAAUCCCAGCCAGCAAGGCCCGCGUGUCACAAAGCAAAAUUUAACGCUCGACGCUUCGACGCCGCUUCCUUCAAAGGCCAAGGCAUCAUCCUGCAUUCUGACAUCCAGGCAGAGCUCGUUGAGGCCUUCGAGUACCAUCAAGAAUUUUCACACCCCACUUGAGACAGAAGCCAGCCAAAAAGUGAAAAGCAAAGAAUGGACCAUGAAUGCUGUCAGGGUCCCUGGAGCAGGGCCCCGCUUGCAAAACGUCAGGAUCUCUGACCAGCGGGCCCUUGUGACGGGGGUCGCCAAAGGACGUUGCCCCUUAGCGCAACGCGACACGGCGAACCUGCACGCGGGCCUCCUGGUUACCUCCACGCGACCCCCUUUGCUCCGGAGACCUCAACUUGCCCGAUGCCCCCCACCCCACCCAGCACGGUGAGGGACCUUGAAGGGGGAAGGGGGGGCCACCGGAGACCCAACACCGUUCUUAAUUUCCAACAAAGUCAAAAUACACUGAAAGAGUUUUUUUUUUUAAUGUUGCUUUUUUUUCUGGGGGUGGGUGGGGGUGCUAAUUAAAACACAAACAGACCUCAAGGCAUAAACCACUCAAUGGGAAUAAGGAAAUCAAUUCAUAUUUAAUUCAUAUGAAUUAAGGUCGUUAUUGCAAAAAUUGGUCUAGAAAUGGCCUUUCCAAAUUUGAUAAACAACUAAAAAAUGAAUUAAAUGGGACAUUGUCGUCAUCAUGAGGCUAUUUCUAAUUCAAGAAAAUGUCGUCUUAUAUCGGAAGCAAUUUACGACUCGUGUAUCAUAUUGCAUUUUUUUUUCCUACUCUGACCUUUUUUAUUAAAUGAAAAUCCACGUGGUAGCAUUUUGUCAGAGGCCAUAAAACUUUACAACGUUUGUCAGCUGCUUUGUGCGCGCCGAAAACAAGCAACAACAAAAACGCCACAAAUUGGCCACAACAACACUUGUAAAAUACUAAAAAAAUGUAUUUUAGUAUUGUAGAAAAUGAGGGCUAAAUAGUCCUUUUUGAAACGAAAUCGAUUUUUGUGCUGUGCAAAAUAUUUAAGAUUGACUUUGUAUUUUUACUCAGCGAUAAAAGAAAACGAAUAAAAAGAUUGCCCUCGAUGAGAAAAUAAUUCGGGCAUUCUUUAAUAAAAUAUGUUGUAACGAUAAUUCCACUUGAAUUAAUUAGCAUGCGUUUCAGAUUUGACGUCUUCAUUUGCGAACAUUUUGACCUUAUUUCCUGAGAGUUUUUGGGGUGGGGUGGGGGGGGGGCUUUAAAAAAAAGAAAGGGACACAAAGGUGGAAUGUGUUUGAGGAAUUUAUGGUUUUAUUGCGUGUGUAAAUUCCGGAAAUCCUCUUUCAUGCUGGACCACGGCUGGAAAAGACAUUUGAGGCAAAUGAUGAGAAGUCCAAAAUAUUGAGAAUUAUGAACAGAACAUUUUGAAGACAUCUACGGGGAAUUUAAUGCGAUUCCAAGCAGGAGGAACUUUUUGACUUUAACGGGAAAAAAGAAUAAAAUGUGAAAAUUACAAGCAGAAAAUUCCGGCCUUCAGAAUUUGUGACUGAUGGAAUUAAUAGGAUUCUAGUAAGCCUUCAUUUUAAUUUUAUUAUUGUCUGGCUACACUUACUGUAUUUUUUAUACCUUUGCUUUGUUCAAAACCAAACCUUGAUGGCCGAUUUCCCCAUCUCCUGCACGAAAUGUCGAAAAUAAAACAAGUGACUCUUCCGUA